CCCCAGUCCCCUCCUCCGCGAUCUUCUUCCUCCUUCUCCACGCCGACACCUGCGUCGUCUCCCCUCGAGAUCCAUCCAUGGCGGAAGAGGAGCAGCAGCCGAUCCCAGCCGCCGAUUCCUCCGCCUCCCCUUCCCUCGACGUCGGAUCCCUCUCCCUCGAUCCCCCUCUUCCUCCUCCCUCUUCCGCUCCGUCGUCCUCCUCCGCCCCUGGGUUAAGCUUGCAGGAGAGAUUCGCGCUGGUGCGGAGCGUGGGAGAGGAGUGCAUCCAAGAGGACGAGCUUUUGAAUCUGCUGGCGAAGAAGCCGAAUCCGGUGUGCUACGACGGCUUCGAGCCCUCCGGAAGGAUGCACAUCGCUCAGGGUGUUAUGAAGGCCUUAAAUGUCAACAAGCUGACAUCAGCUGGUUGCACGGUUAAAAUAUGGAUAGCCGACUGGUUUGCACAGUUAAACAACAAAAUGGGCGGCGAUUUGAAGAAAAUACGGAACAUAGGUCGUUAUCUCAUUGAGAUUUGGAGAGCUGUUGGUAUGAACCUUGAUAAUGUUGUGUUCUUGUGGUCAUCUGAUGAAAUAAAUAGCCGAGCACAUGAGUACUGGCCCCUUGUCAUGGAUAUAGCCCGAAGAAACACACUGCCGCGGAUAAUAAGGUGUAGCCAGAUCAUGGGUCGAAGUGAACAAGAUGAAUUGACUGCAGCGCAGAUCUUUUAUCCUUGCAUGCAGUGUGCUGACAUAUUUUUCUUGAAGGCUGACAUUUGCCAGUUAGGGAUGGAUCAGCGGAAGGUUAAUGUGUUAGCAAGAGAGUACUGUGAUGAUAUUAAAAGGAAAAAUAAGCCCAUCAUUUUGUCGCACCACAUGUUACCUGGGUUACAGCAGGGACAAGAGAAAAUGUCAAAAAGUGAUCCAUCUUCUUCCAUCUACAUGGAGGAUGAGGAGGCUGAUGUGAAUGUGAAAAUAAAGAAAGCUUACUGCCCUCCAAAGGUUGUAGAAGGAAAUCCUUGUCUGGAAUAUAUCAAAUACAUUGUCUUCCCAUGGUUUGGUAGUUUUGAGGUGGUCAGACAAGAAGACAAUGGUGGUAACAAAACAUUCGCCAGCGUUGAAGAAUUGAUUGCAGAUUAUGAAAGUGGUGCAUUGCAUCCAGCUGAUGUGAAGCCUGCCCUUGCAAAGGCUAUAAAUCAGAUAUUGCAGCCUGUGCGCGACCACUUCAAGAACAACAGCGAGGCAAGAGAACUACUAAAGACCGUGAAGGCCUACAGAGUUAGCAGGUGAACUUUGAAGUGGCGACGCAAGGUGCUUAAACAUCAUCUUAUUAUCUUAUUUUUGGGGAAGAAGCAAAUUUGAGGUCGAUUUAAUUUUCUCAGUGAUAUACAUAACAUAUAAUUGUUGGGGAUUACCAAGUGAGAGAGCAUUAUCAUGUCGACUACUACGUACUGGGACUCGGGGAAAUUAGAUGGUUUUUGUUCUUCAAAUUAUUGGCUGAUGUUAUAUUCCCUGGGAGAACUGAUAAUUUAAAACCAGUUGUACCUUUCUUUAAAAAAAAAAAAAAUUGCGCUGAAGUUAUAUAA